ACAUUGACUAUAUUGUUAUGAAGAAUGAAUGCAGUUCUGAAGACUGACCAUCACAGCACAUAUGACUGUUUCGAAGAAUGACAUGACAGAAAUAUGAGGCUGGUCUAACACACAACAGUUGUUGUUGGUUACUGCAUAUUUCAAAACAUAAUGAAAAAGAUCUAUCAGUAGGCAUACUCCUCCAAGCUCAUUUUAUUCACUGACACUUAGUCACCCAGCUGUUUUCAUGAUCAGUCCGAAUGCUGAGACAAGUAAUGGCACAACUCUCCUCACCAGUGGACAGAGGCGAUGCCAACAUGUGAUGCCACCUUCCUGUGUGUACUGUCCCAUCGCCGUCUCCAGCACAAACAAAGGCACUCCACAGGUCUGAUCACCAUCCACUUGUAUUUUAAGGACCUACUGAGCUGAGAUAAUCUUCUAGUUUUCUUCAGAUGUGUUCUGCUGAAGAAAGAAAGUCAUACACACCUGGAAUGGCAUGAAGAAAUGGAGAGACCAGAGCCUCUAACACCAAUACUAACUGAUUAGUCAGUGAUCAAACUUCUUCCUCUGAAAAAUCUGGGAAAAGAGCACUACAAGCAGUCCCAGCCUCGUUACAGAAAUACCUGACCAAAACCAUGAACCCAGCAAUCCAACUCCAACGCCUACGUCAGGGGAAUCGUUCCAAGGAGGAUUAUGUGGAGGACUUCUGCGCUCUGGCCUGCCGGGUGGACUUUAUUGAGGUCGCCCUCAAAGACUAUUUCCAUUUUGGAUUAAGUGAGCCAAUUUCCUCCCUGAUGCCUGGCGGUCAGAGUACUUAUGGCCUGGAUCAGUAUAUCGACCUUGCCCUGCAGAAUAUUGGUUCUACGUUCACUGUAGGGGAGGCGGAUGCCGAGCGGGAGUCCCACGUCAUGGCCGCCGAGCCAGAGUUCCACGUCAUAGUCGCUGAGCUAGCGCCAUCUUUAGCCACGCCUCAGCCUGCUCCAUGCCAUGUCACAGCAACACCUCAGCCUGCUCCAUGCCAUGUCACAGCAACACCUCAGCCUGCUCCAUGCCAUGUCACAGCCACGCCUGAGCCUGCUCCAUGCCACGUCACAGCCACGCCUGAGCCUGCUCCAUGCCACGUCACAGCCACGCCUGAGCCUGCUCCAUGCCACGUCACAGCCACGCCUGAGCCUGCUCCAUGCCACGUCACAGCCACGCCUGAGCCUGCUCCAUGCCACGUCACAGCCACGCCUGCUCCAUGCCACGUCACAGCCACGCCUGAGCCUGCUCCAUGCCACAUCACAGCCACGCCUGAGCCUGCUCCAUGCCACGUCACAGCCACGCCUGAGCCUGCUCCAUGCCACGUCACAGCCAUGCCUGAGCCUGCUCCAUGCCACAUCACAGCCACACCUGAGUCUGCUCCACGCCAUGUCAUGGCCACAUCUGAGCUAUUGGACCUGGAGAUAUGUUCCCGUCCUUGUACCCACCCUAUGGACGCUUCCUCAUGAUCAGGCAAGGGGAACUUUCGACCCUCAGACCCCACCUAGACCCUCCGAGCCCUGGACUCCACCUUGGUCAGUCAGUCACCUGGCUCUGCCUUGGCUCUCCGAUCCUCUGGCUAUGUCUCGUCCUUCCGAUCUGUCAGCUCUACCGGGGACUUCCAUCCCUAUGGCUCCACCUUGGUCCACUUGGGUUCUUCACUCCAUCGUCUCUUCGUUUACCUCAUUGCCAGCCUUGUUACAAGUACUUAAUCUGUGCAGUUAAUAUAGACAAAAGAGAAGGUAUCAGUAGUAAUACCACUCUGCACAAUGGUUGAGAUUUUGGCCUGUAUGAUUCCUAAAGUUUUCAUAUUGUGUUUUUUUUUUUUAAAAAAAGAGAAUUUUAU